CACCCACCUAAUCUUAUCGAUCCUCAUCCCAUCCACCAACUAACUAACACAACAACAACAAAUCCACAUGCCCUAAACCACCGCAAGCACCGCAAAAAUGGACUUCGCCUCCUUAAUGUCUAAAGAAAUCUCCAAAGCCAAAGGCUCGACCCCUCCCACUGUCACCUCAGACACAAAAAAAUACACCCGCCGCGCCGACCUCGAAGCCGCCCGCAUCGCCGCCUACAACGACGAACAAGCCCGCCUAGCCGCCGAGCGCGAGGCACGCCAGGCCCAAAAGCGCAAGCUGGAGGACGAGGAAGCGACGCGGCGGCGCGAGCGAGAAGACAAGAAGCGCCGGCUGGCGGAGGAGUCGCGGCGGCGGCGGGAGGAGGAGGACGCGGCGCGGGAGCGCGAGCGCAGGAGGCGGUUGGGGUUGCCGGAUCCUGAUCCUGCCUCUGUUUCUACUCCUGGGAGCGGGGAUGAUAAUGAUGAGACUGAGGGAGUGGAAGGAGAGGAGGGUUUGACGGCGGAAGAGCUGACGACCAAGCUGCGCGCGCUGGGCGAGCCUAUCCUCCUCUUUGGCGAGACGCAUAAGGCGCGCGUGCGGCGGUAUCGACGGCUGCAAUUGGGACAGCAGCAGGCGGUAGCAACAACGCAGAAAGAGAAGUGGUCGGAGGGCCCGAUCCCCACGACGCUCGAGCUCGUGCCUGAGGUCGAUAUGAAGAUCCCCGCUACAGUACCCAAGGAUGAGGCUGGCCGCAUGUUCCUGUUUCGCCAGCUGGCGUCGUAUUUCAAUAUGGUGCUCUCGGAGUGGGAGGCUGCGCUCGCGAACCGCGAUGUCUCUGUUAAGCAGAGCUUGCAGGGUCGGCAGGCGUACAAUGCCAUGGUGCAGUCCCGGGAGAAUAUGAAGCCGCUGUUUCGCAAGUUCGAGAAGAAGGGCGAUAUCGAUGCCGGCGUGCUGGAGCAUAUCGUUGAGAUCGUGCACAAGGCUCAGCUGCGGCGCUAUGUCGAUGCUAAUGAUGCGUACUUGCGGCUGAGUAUUGGGAAAGCUGCUUGGCCCAUCGGUGUCACCAUGGUCGGUAUCCACGAGCGUUCGGCCCGCGAGAAGCUGCACCAGGGUGACCAGCAAGCUCACAUCCUCAGUGACGAGAGCACCCGCAAGUAUCUGCAGAGCAUCAAGCGGUGUCUCAGCUUUGCGCAGACACGUUGGCCGCCCGACGACCAGCUGCAGAUCAUGGGUUAGUUGGGGCCGAUGAAUUGAUGUAGAUAAAUGAUAUCCUAGUGCCAUUUUUGCCAAGCCAGUCAAUUGCUUUCUAUAUGCCUCUGGCUAUUCAAGUUCGAGUUUUUACCACCUGCACUACAGCAUAGCCAGAAGCAUGGCAUUACUCGUCGUGCACAGACAUAAAGCCCGAUCAGACGGUCUAGUUCUCGGGUGCCUUUUACAGUGUUGCUUUGACAUGGCC